AUGUUUUCACUGAUUGCUAUUGCACCGGUUUCUUAUAUCAUCUAUCGGCUCUACAAACACUUAUUUCCAACGCCUAGCAUUGAUCCACGGGGCAAGUAUGUCUUGAUUUCUGGGUGUGAUUCAGGUUUUGGAUAUAGCCUUGCUGUUGAACUCGAUAAACAAGGCUUUAAUGUACUAGCUGGUGUGUAUAACGCCGACAACAAAAAAACGCUCACCGAUCAACUCUCCCCGCGCGCUACUGUUUUCUUAUUAGACAUUACCUGUCAGCAAGAUAUUGACACUGCUUUAACUCUGGUGAGAAGCAAGACAUCAAGUCUACAUGCCCUCAUUAACAAUGCUGGCAUUGGCGAUAGUGGACUCAUCGACUGGAUCUCACUUGCAUCCAUACGUCAAGUGUUAGAAGUGAACUUUUUCGGUCAUGUAGCUAUGACAAAGUCAUUCUUGCCACUGUUACUCGUGGAACCGAACUCACGCGUGGUAAACAUGAGUUCGGCUGCAGGUUACUUGGCGGCGGCCGGAGCUUCAGCUUACAGUGCUUCAAAGUAUGCACUUGAAGCGUUUUCUGAUUGCCUUCGUCGAGAAAUGGUCACGUGGUCUUUGCACGUGUCUAUUAUUGAGCCUGGUUUCAUGCGUACGCCGAUUAUUGAGGGAAUUGCAGAGAAAAUGCGAGUUGCUUGGAUCAAUCGUACUGAUGAUGAAGCUAAGGCGCGUUGGGGUGAAGCCUACUUUUCAGACUGGGUUGCCGAGGGAACAAAAAUGACGACACAAACAGCGGAUAAUCCAAUGAAAGUAGUUAGUGCAGUGUGCCAUGCAGUAUCGAGCUCGAAACCACGCAUUCGUUACCGACCCGGUUGGCAAUCAAGUCUUUUCUGCUUUCCUCUUUCGAUGGCACCUGACUGGUUUACUGAUUUUCUCAUCGGCUUUGGGCAACGCAAGAUGGCUCUGCCAAGUGGUGUACUCAAGCGGAUGGAACAUCGUGCUCUAUAG